AUGACCAAAGAGGAAAAGGCCCAGGCGGAAUUUCAGGGAAAACGGAGGACUUCGGACAAUGAUGGUGAGAGGCACUCACACAAAGGGAGAACGAAAAAGCCUAGCUUUUUUGUGUCUUGCUUUUUCAUUUCCUUUCUUCAUUUUUUUCUCACUUCUGUCGUUGAUGUUUUUUUUAAUGUAUUUUUAUUUUUUUUAAUUUUUCCUUCGUUCUUUAUUUUACUCGGUUAUUUUUUUCACUCAUUCAUUCAUUAUUUCUUUCUUCUCAUUUUUUGUUUAUCUUGCAUUCUAUUUUUCUUUCAUUUUUCUUUUCGUUUCUUUUGUAUUUACUUUCUUUUCAGUAUUUCUUCAAUUGUAACCUUUUUUUAUUUCCUUUUUUCUGUCGUUCAUUGUGCCUGCAUUUUUUCUUCCUUUCAUUUUUUUUCAGUGUUUUUUUUUCUUUCUAUUAAAUUCUUUCAACCGUUCUUUUUCUGUUGCUUUCUUCCUCGUUUUACUUUCGCUUUUCUUUGUUUUUUUUUGUUUGUUUUAGACACAUUUAUGCAUUCAGUUUCUUUCUUUCUUUCUUUCUUUCUUUCUUUCUUUCUUCUUAAAUGUUUCCUUCUUUUUUUUACUUUCUUUUUAUCUUUGCUCUUUGUUUUUUCAGUGUCCUUUUAUUCCUUUCUUCCUUCAAUUUUCAUUCUUUUUUCUUUCUUUUUUUGCUUAUUCGUUUAUCAUUUCUUGACCUUUUUUUAA